AUGUUAUACACCUUCUAUUCUUCUUUUCUGAGUGAUCACAUCUCAUUCCUUCACGAAUAUUUCUUUUCACGAAUAAAGGUUUUUAUUCUUUAUAUUACCAGACUAUUCCUACAAACAAUCCCAAUAUCUAUAUUCCAUAAUUACAAUACAAUGUCGUUCAGUUCACAAGAAGAUAUUUUUGAUGAUACAUUCUAUAAAUUCUUUGGUAUGCAUAUACCUAAUCCUGCCCCAAUAGAGAUAUAUAGUCUCCAAAACGAGGGAAACAACCCAUAUGAUGCUCUACAACAGAGUUGUUUACACUCUUCAACUACGAACCUCGAUCAAACUCCAGUGAAUGAUUUGCUCGACAAUAUCUCAAGAGAAGCAGAGCCUUCCGAUAUUGAAAUUAAUAACUCUUCCUCAUCUCCAUCUUCCGUUCGAGGACGUUCAUAUGAUUCCUUCUGUGGGAUACCGUCCUAUGAUUCCCCGAUCACAAAGCCUUCGUCAUUUUAUAACGAUUUACAGUUGAGGGCAGACACUACGAGUCCAUUAACUUUAUUGAAAGCUAAAAAAUAUUUAGUAGUUCUUGUUGGACUACCUGCUUCUGGUAAAUCUUCUGUGGCUAAACAUUUGAUAGAUUACUUGGAUCAAAAUAACGUUUUGGGCCAACCAAUCCGCUCCGGUAUUUACAAUGCGGGAGAUGUUAGAAGGAGCAGUGUCAUUAUAACUAAUGGUCCAAUUAUUAUUCCAAAUGGUUCUGUCGAAGAUGAUAUAUUUAAUCCAAGGAAUGCUAAGAAGAAGGAAGAAUUUGCAAGAGUUGCACUGGAUUCUUUGCUCCAUGAUAUGGCUAAUGAUGUUAUUGAUUUAGCUAUCUUUGAUGCUACUAAUUCCACAAUUGAAAGAAGAAAUUAUAUUUGGAAUGUGCUUCGAACUUUUAAUAACGAGUCAAAUAUCAUGGUUACACCAUUGGUUCUUGAAGUUUCUUGUGAUAAAUCCGAGUAUAUCAAAUACAAUGUCCACAAUAAGGCGUUUAAUAAAGACUAUUGUGGCAAUCCCUACUCUUCCUCGAUUCUCGACUUUGCUAAGCGCCUACUUUAUUAUAAGAAACAAUUUACUCCUUUUAAUGAAAUUGAAUAUCCGCUAUUAUCAAGUGCUAGUAAUGGUAAUAUUUUUCACUUUAGAAUAAGUAAUGCUGGUAUCUCUUCUGUCGGUAAUAUGAUAAUGUUUAAUAAAGACAUUUUUGAUUUAGAGACAAAUUUAUUAAUCAGAGAAAUAGAGAAGUUUUCAUCAAACUACCAUAGGUAUUAUGGAUAUUGUUACACAGAUAGAGUGGAGAACUUUUUUGAUAAUUGCACUUCAAACAAACAAACUCCGUCGGUAAAAGCAGAAAAUAUACAGAGAGAUUACUAUAGGAAGGUUCUAUCAGAAAUAUUUAAUAGCAGUUUUCUAGAGACCCUGAGAAUGACCAAUGUUGAAUUAAGUUGUGGAGGCAGCGGAGAACAAGCAAUACACAUCGCUAACAACAGUAUAUGA